UUCCUCCCAUUUUAAUUUCAUACUUUCAGUCUCUCCCAUUGUAAUUUCAUAAUUGCUUUUAACAAUCCGAUACACUUCUACUUAUUCCUACAAGAAAGUUCUAUUUUCACUUAUUUUACAAGAUGAAGGUCCAGAAAGAGAGAAGAUUUGCACUACUAAUGGCAGCAAGGAAUUCAGAUUAUGUGAAGAAAGUGUACGGUGGAUAUUUCAAUGUAUUUGUUGAAGCAUUAGCAGGUGAAGGAGAGAAAUGGGACUUGUUUCGUGUAGUCGACGGGGAAUUUCCCCACAUGGAUGAUCUUCACAACUAUGAAGGAUUUGCGAUCAGUGGAAGCCCUCAUGAUGCUAAUGGGGAUGAAUAUUGGAUUCUUGAACUUUGCUAUCUUUUGAAAACGUUAUUUACCAUGCAAAAGAAAGUUCUAGGGAUUUGCUUCGGUCAUCAGGUUUUGUGUAGAGCUUUGGGAGGAAAAGUAGGGAAAGCAUAUAGUGGCUGGGAUAUUGGAAUAAGAAAGGUUAGGUUUACUGAGGAUUUCUCAGUUAAUUGGUCUUUCGAUUUGGCCGAAAUUCCUCCCACUCUUUCAAUCAUUGAGUGCCAUCAAGAUGAGGUUUAUGAAGUGCCUGUGGGAGCACAAGUUCUUGCAUAUUCUGAUAAAACAGAAGUAGAAAUGUUCACAUUUGGAGACAACAUUCUAGGAAUUCAGGGACAUCCUGAAUACACGAAAGACAUUCUUGACAAUCUCAUAGAUCGUCUUGUCUGGAACAACUCCAUUGAGAAGGGUUUUGCAGAAGAAGCCAAGUUGAAGUUAAAGAAAGCAGAAGCAGAUAGGAAAUACUGGGAAAGGAUUUGUAAGAGCUUUCUCAAAGGCAGAUGGAUUGCUCAGUCACAAACAUAUUUCUGAUGACAACUACUUCAUUUUGUAUGAUUUUGUCUAAACUGCCAAAGUUUUAGCCUCCAAUCUUUGAGCACUUGUCCAUUUUGAUAAGUGAAAAGCAAAUGUCAAUGGCAGUAAAUCAUUAACUCGUUUAAUAAGGUGUGUUCGUAUAGCUGGAAUAGUUAAGCGGUCAAGAGAGCUCGAUUACUUGAAUUACAUUUUGACAACAUAAACAAAGCUAAACCAACAAUACUAGGAGCGAUACUGUUUCUAUUCUAGCCACAGAUUUUUUCCCAGAAUCCCCUUUUAGUCGAGCUACUAUCGAACCUUAGGUGUCAAAGGCAUUUGAACCUUAGUUCUAUGUUUAAUACUAACUAACAAACAUCCUCGUUGUUGUAGUCAAGUGAUGUUGCUAGUACCAAGGAAAUAUUGUACGAGAAGAUUGGAAUCAUAUUCUCAGAUGUCCACAUGAAAGGGAACAAAACUUAUCCCAGUAAAUAUUUUAGAUAUUCUGGAAUAUAUGCACAAGGCAUUAUACCAUGUUAGGUAAGAAAGCAACAUAUCUCAAAAGCCUCAUUGUUAUACAAUAAGAGGAAAAA